AUGGAAACGGAACAACCAAAGAACGACACUUCUUCAAGCACACCAACUACAUCUCAGUCCAAGAAACCAAGCCAGGCACUCUACGUACCAAAGAAACGACUCAACACAUCGAAAGACAAACCUCAAAUUGAGGGAGAAGUCAAACCGAGACCCAGGCCACGUUACACAGACAAGGCUCGAAAGAACGCUAAAAAUAAGAAGGACAAGGCAGUAGCAAAAGAUGAGCUGCCGCCUGUUGGAAUAGAUGGGGAUGGGACAAUUACUGGUAAUUCUACUGUAGAGGUUGAGCGGCUACAUCUUCCGGAGGUGGCGCCCAAUGGACAGCUAGAAUCGGCAGAUGUUCCUGAUGCAUCCUGUCACGAUGAAAAGGCAUCAGAGGACAGUUGGGACACUUUAUUUAAUGAUGACGGAGAUUGUCUCAAUAAUCAGCUGGAAGAGCUCUCAUUGAGUGAAGGUCGAAAGGAGUCAAUCCAGGAGGCAAGAUUUGAUUAUUAUAACAUGAACAAAUUUGAUGAUGACGACAUAGACCAUAGUGAGGAAGACCUCUCACACGUCAUUGAGAUCUACGAUAUCCCUUCUGAGUUUAAGACGGAGGAUCUUUUUAAGUUAUUUCAGGGAUACCAAAAGAGAGGUUUUGAUAUCAAGUGGAUUGAUGACACACAUGCUUUAGGUCUCUUUGCAAGCCCAACUGCAGCCCGCGAGGCAUUAAGAUCCAAGCAUCCACUUAUGAAGCUGCGCCCACUCUCCAAAUCCACUUCAGCGACUAAGGCCACAGCUCGUACUUUUUCUGAGUCGCCCUUGCCUGCUAAAGAGAGACCUCAAACCAGUGCAGCUCUGGCUCGCAGGCUCGUGAUUGGCGCCCUCGGUGUGAAGAACAAUGUCACCAAGGAACAGCGGGAGGCAGAGAAGCGGAAGCUGCAGGAAGCUAGAGAACAAAAGCGUCUGGCAGCCAAACAGAGGGAAGAUGCUUGGGAGGGAAGGUGA